AUGUUGCUGAAUUUUCCUUUGGGAAGAUUGCAAGAGGGAUAUCAGGACAAGCUGAUGAAGUCCAAAGACAAAAGAAUGAAGGCAACGUCUGAGAUUUUGAGGAACAUGAGAAUUCUGAAGCUGCAGGCUUGGGAGAUGAAGUUCCUGUCCAAGAUUAUUGAGCUGCGGAAGACAGAGGCAGGAUGGUUGAAACGAUAUGUUUACUCUUAA